CAACAACGACCUGACGAGGCACGAUCUACCCCGAGAUUCUCAACAUGCUCCAAUAUGCAUCUCAAUGAAGAUGCGAAGUACCGAACGUCGACUCAGUUUCGGUAUUGGAAUUUUACUCCAGACUCAUUAGCGUCGUUGCGUCGAAACACCAAUCGAGCCGCAGUAGAGCGCGUGAAGGCAGCCUUCGACCGGCGCCGCAAAGCUCGAAUUGCUGCAGACAAAGCACAAAAUGGCGGAGAAGUGACUGUAGUGUCAGAGUUGCAGACCAAAGAGGUAGAAUGUUUGACUUUAGAGGAGGAGCAGAAACUACUGGGGUACUACUGCGCGCAAUGUCUGAAGAUGGGCAAGGACAACUUCAAGUACCCCGCAAACGUAUACUAUAUGAAACGAUUCUACUUGUUCAACUCUCCAAUGACAUAUCACCCCAAAGACAUUCUCAAGACUGCUCUUUUUGUCGCAACUAAAACCGAGAACCACCACCAAGACUUGGACAAAUACUGCGGACAAAUAGGAGGAAAAAAGCCGACUCUUCGAGACGAUGUACUAGCCCCAGAAUUCAUCUUGACUCAAGCACUCAGGUUCACAUUUGAAGUGAGACAUCCCUUUCGAGCUGUACUUCCUGGGCACUCACAGUCUGCCGUACAACUACAGCAGGCUCUACUUAGUCUACCUCAGACCUCUGGUGGGCCUGAAAUCAUACACGAGGUGCAUCAGAUGGAGAAACGCAUCACAGAAGCUCAUAGUAUUGCAUCCGAUCGCUAUCUCAAAAAUGCAGCCCUGCUUACCGAUGCGUACUUUCUCUACACGCCUUCUCAAAUUUGGCUCGCCGCUCAUCUCCUCGCCGACGAGCCACUGACUCUCUUCUAUCUUGAUACCAAGUUUACUGUCGCUCCUGGAUCAAACUCAUCAGCUCCACUCAAAACUAGGGUCAUUUCCACCAUCCGUAGCUGCGCGACGAUGAUAUCAAAUGGAGAUACACCAUCCCAGCCAACUCUCGAAGAGCGUGCCGAACUCACACGUGUAGACAAGAAACUAUACCAAUGUCGUAAUCCUGAUAAAAUAGAUUUGAUUGGCCUGAAUAAAGCACAGAAACGCGACGCUACUAUGGAUGGGAAGUUGGAGGAAGGACUGGCGAAGAAACGAAAAAUUGAGAGAGAAAAGCAAGAGAAGGAAGCUGACGACUUUUGGGGUCCACCUCUACCAAAUACAGGCGCUCCAGGCUAACGAGGGUCCGGAUAGUGUCCUAACAACUCGGAACAUACGUCUCUGCUUCCCUGGAAUCAUGGCUCAUAGGUAUUUGAAUCCAGGGGUGUGUUCGGACCAUGAAAAAGGAGAAAGAAACUCGACGCUACAUAUGGGACAAAAGUCGAGUGUAUCUCCUGGUCGCGACCGGCAACUUCUUGUAGUAAAGAACGAAUCUUCCGGUUUAGACCUCGCAGUAAUGUCAAAUAUAUGAGUCUGAUGAUUUGUCUCAAUAUUGGUAGCGGACCCCAUUCAAUCAAGGGGAUAAUACAUGUCUGUUCUAUUCUACAAGAGUGAACGUGAC